AUGAACGUUGAAAUUCCCAAUCAGCCCAAGGACGGCAAGACCUGGAAGGAGGUUAACAAAGAACAUUAUGACAACCUGCCCGAGGACACAUUCAAGAUCAAGUGGAUCGCCGACAUGCACCGCCAGAUCAUUGACUACCUGACGACAAACCGCGUGUGGAUCGGCGUCCCGCAGGGGGCCAGCGCCGCCGACGGCACAGGCAUCCGCCUGCUAGACUAUGCCUGUGGCAGCGGCCGCAUUUCCACGGCCCUGGCGCCCUAUGCGAAGCAUCUGCGCGGCAUCGACAUCUCGUCGACCAUGGUGAAACGGUACAACGAGGCGGCGGUGGAAGCGGGUUUCACGCCGGAGCGGAUGCGCGCGGUUGAGGCAGACCUGGCCACCGGCACGGACUCUUCACUGGCCAAGGCAGCCGAGGGCGAGGAGUUCCAGGGGUUCGACGUCGCCCUCAUCUCCAUGGCCCUGCACCACGUGGAGCACCCGGUGGCCGUGCUGCAAGGUAUGGCGAGCCGUCUGGUGCCGGGUGGCAAGUUGCUGGUGAUUGACCUGCACAUGGCGGAGGGCGAGACGGAGGAUGUACCCACUGGCCAUGAACACAGUCAUGAACACGUUCAUGAGCACGGCCAUGAGCACGGCCAUGAGCACGGGCAUGAUCACAGUCAUGGGCACAGCCAUGACCACGGCCACGGCCACGGCCACGGACACGACCACGGUCACAACCCCGAUCACAGCAACGCCGAGGCACCUGGCGGCUUGCAUACCGUUGUCCGCCGCGGCUUCACCGAAAAAGACAUGCUGCGCAUCUUUGGCGAGGCUGGGCUGGUCCAUGGCGAGAUUCGGGUCAACACCGAGGUGUCGCAAGUCCCACCGCAGAUUGGCGGUGGCAAUCUGCGGUUGUUUUUCGGCGUGGCGGAGAAACCGUCGACCUAG